AUGGCUACCAGUGUAAACUCUAGUGGCCCGGCUCCAACAUCGCCACGUGCUACAGGUGGCUAUCCAGAGAGUACUGGAGAAAGCGGAGGGGCGGACGGGGACACAUACUCGAAUUCGAUGCCUUCUCCACCGUCUCUAAGUGAGACAUCUCGAACGAGGUCCACUCGUUCUACCUCGACAACAUCACGAAAUUCAAAUCGAUUAUCAUUGACUUUGCCGAUCGCGCCGCCUGAUAGUAUCCCCUCGAGGCCCACACCCACUUCUUCCGUACCGCCAACUCCAAUACAGACCUCGGCAUCAAGCCAGCCCAGCGAUGCUAAUGAUUUCAUCAUCGCUAUUGCCGCCCAAGAGCGUCGCGUGCUAGAACUUCGCGAAGAGCUAGGACGAGCAGAGCAUGACCUCAGAAGACUGAAGAAGCAGUGGACAGCGUCAGAUGGUUAUAAGAAGCGCGCCUCUGCUAGAAAUAUUGAACCUCUUCGGACCGCAAGCCUGCUAGAUGGGCAAUGGGGCCAUGAUGAUGCAACAGCUAUUAGAUAUACCAGUGAACUAGAGCGUAGGAAAGCCAUCCUUCUUGCACAGAGUAAGGCGGCACCUCGAGACACCAAGAGGACAAUUAUCCGUGGGGGACAUACUCGUGCUUUGUCCUUACUUUCGCCUACGAUGUCCCCGAACGGAGAUGACACACCCCGAUCAGCUGAACUAUACUCGAGAAUGUCGCCUGUCUCUACCCCUCUUAUCAACAAGCGCGCAACUUGGGCUCCCCGUCAAAGUCAACAAGCCAACGGUAUGAAGCAAAUCGCAAACGAUUUCAAGCAAGGCCUGUGGACAUUUGUCGAAGACUUAAGACAAGCAACUGUGGGGGAUGAAGCGAUUUCCGGGACAACAAACAGGACAAGUGAUAUGGUUUCAAGGUUGGAUAGAACAGAAAGCGAGCAUGAUACCAUUCGAGCAUCUACAUCGAGCCGCGGCAAGAUGCCAUUCCAAGACGAGUCUGAUUCGGCAACGGAGACAUCAAGCAGACAAUCCACCGGUAGUUUCAGCGACCGUUUACAGCACAGACGUACGACAUCGAAGGUAGAACCUAAAGCGCGAAAACAUUACUCCUGGACACCACUCUCAUUUGAUAGCUUCGAUGACGAGGAUUGGUCGAACUGGGAUACGCCAAAUGUUAAGACAGCCCGCUGGAGCGGUAGCACUGUAAAUGGGGAUAUCACCGCGAUUCCUGAGAAAAUUGGCGAAAAUGAGGGGACACUGAGACGCAAGCAAUCCCGCAGCGAGUUACGAUCGCCAUCCCCAGAGACUCCAAGUAGGCUAGAAGAAUUACCACAGGCCAUCCUCAACCGACUGACUCCCAGUAACAUUAAGAACACGACGUCGAACUUCAUCAAGGAAUGGGAGAAGAGCUUGUCCCCGCCUGCGGAAUCUACUUCUUUCUGA